AUGGAGGAUCGAAGCCGCUGGAUGUAUCUUCGGAACUGUACUUGUGAAGAGUACUUAGGUGGUCUGAACUCUUUCCUAACUGUUGCAGAGGCGGAUAUGUUGAAUGGACAGAAGUCAUCAAUGUGGUGUCCAUGUGUUGACUGUGAGAAUGAGAAGCAAUACUCGAAUUAUAUGACAGUCCAUGCCCACUUAAUCAUUCGAGGAUUCAUGGAUGACUACAGAUAUUGGAACAAACAUGAAGAAGAAGGUGUCAAUGACCGAGACCAGGCGCAGGCUGCUGGUGGCGAGGAAGCACCCUUUGAUAAUCAGGAUCUAUGUGAUAAGGAUGUAGCAGAGAUUGUUGCCAACUAUGAUGCAGUCCAUCUUGCUGAGAAUCUGGACGAGAUGUGA